AUGCAAUCUUUGGGGGUUUCUGGAAAUAGAAAGGUCAUGCAGCCUGGAACCAGUGAGCCAUGCCAGUCUCUAAGUCAUCAGAGAAAUGAUGAAGAAGCUGUUGUGGAUAGGGGCGGAACUCGCUCAAUCCUCAAAACACACUUUGAGAAGGAAGAUUUAGAAGGUCACCGUACACUGUUUAUUGGAGUCCACGUUCCCCUGGGGGGAAGAAAGAGUCACCGACGUCACAGACAUCGUGGACAUAAACACAGAAAGAGAGAUAGAGAAAGAGAUUCAGGAUUGGAGGAUGGACGGGAGUCUCCUUCUUUUGACACCCCAUCGCAGAGGGUACAGUUUAUUCUUGGAACCGAAGAUGAUGACGAGGAACACAUUCCUCAUGACCUUUUCACAGAGCUUGAUGAGAUUUGCUGGCGUGAAGGUGAGGAUGCCGAAUGGCGAGAGACAGCCAGGUGGUUGAAGUUUGAAGAAGACGUAGAAGAUGGAGGAGAAAGAUGGAGCAAGCCAUAUGUAGCAACUCUUUCCCUGCAUAGUUUGUUCGAGUUGAGAAGCUGUAUCCUGAAUGGCACUGUGCUGCUGGACAUGCGGGCUAACACUCUCGAGGAAAUUGCAGACAUGGUUCUUGACCAACAAGUAAGCUCUGGGCAGCUCAGUGAGGACAUCCGCCACAGAGUCCAUGAAGCUCUGAUGAAACAGCAUCACCAUCAGAACCAGAAAAAGCUGACCAACAGGAUUCCUAUUGUUCGAUCUUUUGCUGACAUUGGCAAGAAGCAGUCAGAACCAAACUCCAUGGAUAAGAAUGCAGCUCAGGUUGUUUCUCCACAGUCUACUCCAGCCAGUGUUGAAAAUAAAAAUGAUGUGAGCAGAGAAAACAGCACUGUUGAUUUUAGUAAGGGACUGGGAGGCCAGCAAAAAGGGCAUAAUAGUCCAUGUGGGAUGAAACAAAAGCUUGAAAAAGGACCUCCACAUCAGCAAGAGAGAGAGGUUGAUCUACAUUUCAUGAAAAAGAUUCCUCCUGGGGCAGAAGCUUCAAACAUCUUAGUGGGUGAGCUAGAAUUCUUGGACCGAACUGUAGUUGCAUUUGUUAGAUUGUCCCCAGCGGUACUGCUCACAGGACUGGCUGAGGUGCCAAUUCCAACCAGAUUUUUGUUUAUCCUUCUGGGACCAUUGGGAAAGGGUCAACAGUACCAUGAGAUUGGCAGAUCAAUUGCAACCCUAAUGACAGAUGAGGUCUUCCAUGAUGUUGCCUAUAAAGCUAAGGAUCGUAAUGACUUGCUUGCAGGAAUUGAUGAGUUUCUUGAUCAGGUUACUGUUCUUCCUCCUGGAGAGUGGGACCCAACCAUUCGAAUAGAGCCCCCAAAAAACGUUCCUUCUCAGGAGAAGAGGAAGAUUCCUACUGUGCCCAAUGGAACAGCAGCUCAUGGUGAAGCAGAACCUCAUGGUGGGCACAGCGGGCCUGAACUGCAACGAACUGGAAGGAUUUUUGGGGGACUUAUUUUAGAUAUCAAAAGGAAAGCUCCAUACUUCUGGAGUGACUUCCGAGAUGCUUUCAGCCUGCAGUGCUUAGCAUCGUUUCUGUUUCUCUACUGCGCGUGUAUGUCUCCUGUCAUCACAUUUGGAGGGCUGCUGGGAGAAGCAACCGAAGGUCGUAUAAGUGCAAUCGAAUCUCUAUUUGGAGCAUCUAUGACUGGGAUAGCAUAUUCUCUCUUUGGUGGCCAACCUCUUACCAUACUAGGCAGCACAGGACCUGUACUGGUGUUUGAAAAGAUAUUGUUUAAGUUUUGCAAAGAAUACGGGUUGUCAUACCUCUCCUUGCGAGCUAGUAUCGGGCUCUGGACCGCAACUCUCUGCAUCAUCCUUGUGGCCACUGAUGCCAGCUCUCUGGUCUGCUACAUAACCCGAUUUACUGAAGAAGCUUUUGCUUCUCUUAUCUGCAUAAUUUUCAUUUAUGAGGCUCUAGAGAAGCUGUUUGAGCUCAGUGAGGCAUAUCCAAUCAACAUGAAUAAUGAUUUAGAACUCCUGACACAAUAUUCAUGUAACUGUGUGGAACCACAUAAUCCUAGCAAUGAUACCUUGAAGGAAUGGAGAGAAUUCAAUAUCUCUGCCUCUGACAUAAUUUGGAAGAACUUAACUGUGUCAGAAUGUAACUCUUUGCAUGGAGAAUAUGUUGGAAGAGCCUGUGGACAUGAGCAUCCAUAUGUUCCAGAUGUCCUCUUUUGGUCAGUGAUUUUGUUCUUCUCCACAGUGACCCUGUCAUCUACAUUGAAGCAAUUCAAGACCAGCCGGUAUUUUCCAACAAAGGUUCGAUCCAUAGUGAGUGACUUCGCUGUCUUUCUUACUAUUUUGUCUAUGGUUUUAAUUGACUAUGCCAUUGGAAUCCCAUCUCCAAAACUGAAAGUUCCAAGUGUUUUCAAGCCUACUAGGGAUGACCGUGGCUGGUUUGUUACCCCAUUGGGACCAAAUCCAUGGUGGACAGUGAUUGCUGCUGUGAUUCCAGCUUUGCUUUGUACUAUUCUUAUCUUUAUGGACCAACAAAUCACUGCCGUCAUUAUCAACAGAAAGGAGCACAAGCUAAAGAAAGGAUGUGGGUACCAUCUGGAUUUACUGAUGGUGGCAGUCAUGCUUGGCGUGUGCUCCAUUAUGGGACUCCCAUGGUUUGUGGCUGCCACAGUUCUCUCAAUUACUCACGUGAACAGCCUGAAACUAGAAUCUGAAUGUUCAGCUCCAGGGGAACAACCCAAAUUUCUUGGCAUCCGAGAACAAAGAGUUACAGGGCUCAUGAUUUUUGUCCUUAUGGGUUCAUCUGUCUUUAUGACCAGCAUUCUCAAGUUUAUUCCAAUGCCAGUGCUUUAUGGGGUAUUUCUUUACAUGGGUGCCUCAUCUCUAAAGGGAAUUCAGUUCUUUGAUAGAAUAAAGCUUUUCUGGAUGCCAGCAAAACACCAGCCAGAUUUCAUAUACCUACGGCAUGUACCCCUUCGAAAAGUCCAUCUCUUUACCAUCAUUCAGAUGAGUUGCCUCGGCCUCCUAUGGAUAAUCAAAGUUUCAAGAGCUGCCAUCGUCUUUCCCAUGAUGGUGUUAGCUUUGGUGUUUGUAAGAAAAUUGAUGGAUUUACUUUUUACCAAACGAGAAUUAAGUUGGUUGGAUGAUUUGAUGCCUGAGAGCAAGAAAAAGAAAUUGGAAGAUGCUGAAAAAGAGGAAGAACAAAGUAUGUUAGCCAUGGAAGAUGAGGGCACAGUGCAGCUCCCACUGGAAGGGCAUUAUAGAGAUGAUCCAUCUGUGAUUAACAUUUCUGAUGAAAUGACAAAAACGGCAUUGUGGAGGAACCUUCUGAUCACCUCAGAAAACUCAAAAGAUAAGGAGUCAAGCUUUCCUUCUAAAAGCACUGAAGGCAGAAAAGAGAAGAAAGCUGACUCAGGGAAAGGUGUUGACAGGGAGACUUGUCUAUGACUUGUUCUUCAAUUUAUUUUUACAAACACACAAGAAGAGUGCCACAAUUAUUAAUAAAACUGCUUUGAUCAUGUAUUGUAAAUUCUGUCUCUCAUCCCAAACUCACGCCCACACUGUAAGUAGUGCAAUACUCAUUUUGUUCCUCUGUCUAAAACUUUUGUGUGGUGAGACAACCUUGUGAACAUCCCUGGUAGCCAGUGCAAGAACCUAUAUGUUCCUUGCUGGAUUAACCAUUGAUAAAUACUAAAAUUCGUAUCAUCAAUCUCCUAAGAGAAGUUGCUUUCUGA